GAUCUGUCAUGGUAACAGAGGUUCUUGUGUUAAUUGUAUGCUUGUUUUGGUUAGCCAUUUGUUAGUUCACAUACUCGUAUCUUUGCAAUGUGUUUUCCAUCAGCUUUUGCAGAAAUGUGAUACAGGAAAAGUGAAACAACUGAAAAAAAAUGCUUGGGAAGACUGUAAUGAGCUGUUUUAGACUAUUAUUUGCAGUGGUGAUCCACAGCCUCGUGUGUGGGCUUUUCUCCCCACUCUGCCUUUGCCCCUCAUUCUGGGUCGGUGAUCUUCAGCUUACUGGCACCUGCAGACCCCCCUUGAGGAAUCUCUAAAAGCACCAGGAAGAUGAAAUCUGGUUGUUAGUGGGCUUUGCCAAUCCAGCACAAAUGUUUCUGGUUCCUAGAUAAAGGCAGCCUUUCAGCUUUCAUGAUCUUACUCUGACUGCUUUAAAAGAUCUGAGAUAUUUUUAGAAGUUAGUUUUGUCCUUUACCAAGAUUUUUACAAGGCAUAAUGUACCAGAAAUUAUACUUCCUGUGCUGGCAAAGAUAUUUUAAGUCCCUGUUAGCUUAUGUCUGUUUUUAAUGAGGUUUUUUGAUUGUUUCUGUUUUAUCUCCCCACACAACGCUCAGCCUUUAGGAUGGCAAAGUAGUUCUCAGAGUAUGAGUCUGAUGCAGUGUUGAAUACAUACAUAUAUAAGAUUUUUCUACUUUGAGUUUGGGAUGCUGGGAGGAAGGUGCAUGUACGUGGUGGGAGGAUAGAUGGUAGAAAGGAGGUACCUUUGUGUUUUGGGGAGCUGUUGUGCAUCAUUUUUUCAGAAAGGGUUUUCCAUGAGACAUUUGAAAAAAAAAAUGUGAAUUUUAGUUGAUCUUUUCCAUAUUUUUGCUGUGUAUUUGUGCAUAUCUUACAUUUCAUGCAGAGAUACUGUAGCUGAAACAUCUGGUUUCCACUCUGCUGGCCUUAUGUUUUAGUCUAAUAGUUUAGCUUCAUUCCUUGAUAAAUGUUUGACAUUUGUGGUGUCACUUGCUUUUGAUGGUGAUGUUUGCUUCUCCCAGUUGGUGUGUGAGUCAAUAAACAAAUCUCACUGCUUCUUUCACUGCCAAUAUAAGAUUCUUUGAUUUAUAUAGGCGAGUUUACUAUACUAUACUAUAGGCGAGUUUAGGCAUAUCCUGAUGUACCUUCUGCACAGCUCUCAUGGUUCUGUGACUUGCCUCCCAGGAUCUUGGCUUUUCAACUGUUUGGGAUGACCAGCUGUCCUAUCUGUUGUCACAAGCAUUAGCAGCCUAUGAGCUGGAGCGCACAACAGGUGUUUCUGCAGGGAAUGAGGAGUUUCAGGAUGCCGUAAGGAGAGCGGUACCCGAUGGUCACACCUUCAAAGGGUUUCCCAUCCAUUUUGUGCACAGGAAUGCCAGGAGAGUAUUUGCCACAUGUCUUAGAUAAAUCAGGCCGUUUACACUGCACAGAAAUGGAGGUUAUUGAAUCACUAGGGAUUAUUAUAUAUAAAGCCCUGGACUAUGGUUUGAAGGAAAAUGAAGAGAGGGAAUUAAGUCCUCCACUGGAGCAGCUUAUUGACUACAUGACUAAUGCCACAGAAACAGAUGGGAGUAGGGAUGAAGGAUAUGAUGCUCUGGAUGAAGGAGUGGAGGAUGAGGAUGAUGACAAAGAAGAAGUUGAGGCCAUUCACUCCUAUAAAGAUGUCAUGAAGCUGUGUGCUGCCCACCUGCCAACGCGAUCGGAGGCGCCCAACCACUACCAAGCUGUGUGUCGGGCUCUGUUUGCUGAAACAAUGGAGCUCUACACUUUCCUGGCCAAAAUUAAAAGUGCAAAAGAGAACCUGAAGAAGAUCCAGGAAAUGGACAAAGAGGCAAGUGAUGAUUCCAGCACAGAUCUCGAUGAACUGAAAAAUGCUGACUGGGCCCGUUUUUGGGUGCAGGUGAUGAGAGAUUUACGGAAUGGGGUUAAACUGAAGAAAGUCCAGGAGCGUCAGUACAACCCACUGCCCAUAGAAUAUCAGCUCACACCCUAUGAGAUGCUGAUGGAUGACAUCAGAUCCAAACGCUACACCUUAAGGAAGGUCAUGGUCAACGGUGACAUCCCACCUCGAUUAAAAAAGAGUGCCCACGAAAUAAUCCUGGAUUUCAUCCGAUCGCGACCUCCACUAAAUCCUGCCUCAGCAAGGAAACUGAAACCAACCCCGCCGCGGCCCCGCAGCCUCCACGAGAGGAUCCUGGAGGAGAUCAAGGCAGAGAGGAAGUUACGUCCAGUCUCCCCUGACGAGAUAAGGCGGAGCAGGCUGGCAAUACGGCCACUUAGCAUGUCUUACAGUUUUGACUUGUCAGAAGUACCGACGCCAGAGGCUGGCAGAAAAGUAGCGGAUGCCUCUGUAGUGAACGGCAGCCCGGCACCCCAGGAAAAGCAGAACGGGGCCACACAGGUGACAGUGCAACGCAAGAGACUCCUGAAGGCUCCCACACUGGCUGAGCUUGACAGCUCAGAUUCAGAGGAGGAAUCAGUGCACCAGUCAGGAAGUAGCAGCAGCAUCUCCCCCUCACAAGUGGAAGACCCCUCUCAAGAAGGCACCAGCAGCAGAAAGAUGCCUCCAAAGUUCUUGCCCAUAUCAUCCACGCCGCAGCCCGAGAGACGGCAGCCGCCGCAGAGACGACACUCCAUUGAAAAGGAAACACCAACCAAUGUGAGACAGUUCCUACCCCCUUCAAAACAGAGCUCCAGGUCACUUGUUCCUAGGAUAACCAGUUUAUUUCCAAGGAUGACUUUCAGACCACUUUUUUCAACUAUGCAAACAGCUUCUCUGCUCAGCUCUCAUCCCGUUGAAGCAGCCAUGUGUGGGGUGGCAGGGGCUAUGUACUAUCUCUGUGAGAGAGCUUUUGCCAGCAGGUGGAAACCCGCAAAGGAGGAGUUCUGUUACCCCGUGGAAUGUCUGGCUCUGACAGUGGAGGAGGUCAUGCACAUCCGUCAGGUGCUUGUGAAGGCCGAGCUGGAGAAGUACCAGCAAUAUAAAGAUGUCUACACUGCUCUCAAGAAAGGAAAGCUCUGCUUUUGCUGUCGAACAAGAAGGUUUUCUUUCUUUACCUGGUCUUACACUUGUCAGUUCUGCAAGAGGCCUGUAUGCUCACAGUGUUGCAAAAAAAUGCGGCUGCCAUCGAAGCCAUACUCCACCCUCCCCAUCUUCUCCCUGGGACCCUCAACCUUGCAAAGGGGAGAAAGCUUCAUGAGGCCAGAGAAACCCUCUACCAGUCACCACCAUUCCCUGCGGAGCAGGUUGACCUCAAGGUCCAAGUCUGUGGAUAAGUCGCACGAAGAGUUUCCCAAAGAAUUAAUGGAGGACUGGAGCACAAUGGAGGUUUGUGUGGACUGCAAGAAGUUCAUCUCAGAAAUCAUCAACUCAAGCCGGCGCAGCCUGUCCCUGGCCAACAAGCGAGCCAGGUUAAAAAGGAAAACGCAAUCCUUCUACAUGUCCUCAGCAGGAACCUCGGAGUACUGCCCCUCGGAAAGGACGAUCAACGAGGUCUGAGCCUGUGCCUUCUGCUUUGCUUCAGCUCCACCAGGUCAUCAUCCAUCAGCCAGGUCACUGGGUCUGGAUCGUCACCCCGUUGCUUUGUUCCACCUGACUGGCUUGGGUUUGCCUUCAGUCACAGGGUUUCCUGCUCCAGCAGCUCCCAGAGACACAGAGCUGUGCUGGGAUCUGUGCAGGGCGAUACAUGACGGGGCAGCUGCUUGCACUGGGAGACAUCAACAGUUGGAAAUUGUUGCCUCUUUUGUACAUGUGCAUCAAAAUGAGAAAGCCUUUUCUCGCUUUCACUCUUUUUUUAACCAUGCUUUCAAUCAUUUUUCAGGAGAUGAGCUGAGAGCAGGUGUCUGGUGGAGAGCCAGAUCUAGCACAGUGUCACCGUUAGCACACUAGCAAACAGUAGGUCCUGUUGCAUUCCCACCCUCGGAAUGCUCACACCCAGCAGGCACCCAGCAUGAGCAGCUCCCGUCUUCCUUUGACCCAUUUGGUUGCUCUGAGAUCAGGGCUCAGCACGGGACUCUGCAGUGUCAGUGUCCUGGGGCAAAGCAGGUGACAAAGCUCUUGGCCCGUGUGGCCGGUCGUACCCCUGAGCUGCUGUACUUCUUAAGCCUUAGUGUCCUUCUGAGUGACUCCUGAGCAGGUUUUAGUAGUUCACUUUCUAUCUUGAAUGUAUGAUAAUGACUACUAGUAGCAGUGAAUUUUAGUAGUAGACAAAGUUGUACAGUUUAUGGGGAGUAUGGGAAAUAAGGGAGGCUUCUAAUUUUAACUGAAUACCUGUAAAAUUGUUCUCGUGGUUACUCAGAGAAAGCAGUGAGUAAGGUGUAAAUUUGUAUUAUAAUGGAGCACACAGAUACUGCUAGAGUUCUGUCUGACAGCAUAUCCACUUGUAGCCCCAUUUUUUCUGGGGUUUAUAACUUGGCUGUAAAAAUUCGUGUUCAGCUGAAAUUUGGGACAGUGCUCUCUCAGAUUGGGAGCAAUCUCUUUUUUUUCUUUAAUCUUUUUUUCAUUCUUUCCCCCUUUUUAAUUCACUCACAAGGGAGUGCUAGACUAAUUGUUUAGAAGUUCCAACAAUUUUACAAUGUUAACUGACUUCUCAUGCUUUUUUGCACUUUUUUUUACAUUCAGAAUACUUUUUUUUUUAAUUCAGUCAUAGCCAGAGUUUAGUCAAUAAUUUGGGGCCAGAUCUUUUUGGUAUUUAAAAACAAGCUAACAUAGCCAAGUUAUUAAUACUUGAAAUCAACUACUGUAACUUUUUUCAUAAAUUUUUUAAUACCCUGAGGCAUAUUUAAUAUCUAUAUAGCAGUGUAUUAUAGAAUGACAUAGCAGAAAAGUUUCAGAUCUAUUUAUUAACAUUUCUAUUCUUUGAGUUAAUGAGAGAUACCUCAGAACUGCUCCAAAGUAGCUGGGACUGGACUUCCAUAACAUAAUUUUAAAGGUGUAUUAAGCAAAACAGCUUCCUCUGUCCAAAAAGCCCAAGAGGCAGACUGCCCCUCUGGCCCUGGCAAGGCAAAGUGCCCAGGCUGGGAGGCACCAGGGCUGCUUGGCUCCCAUUUGGCAGCCUUUGGAGCAGCCAUCCAUAUCGUCUCUUUUAGGCUGAUUUGAAAAGCACAUGCAAAAGUCUCUGUAAACCUUCCCAGGGAGUCAGCCAUCCUUAUUUUUUUCUUAAAAGCCCCCUUGGAAAAUGAGAAUUCUCACAUAUGUAGGGCUUAUUGAAAUAGUUUCUAUUUUUUUUUCUGAACCAAUGCAAACAGGAAAAGCAGGGCUCAGUGCUAACUCUCCCUCAUUACUGUCCCAUUUAAGGUCAGGUGUCACAGUCCUCUCCUCAUGGUACCUCUGGAAAAGUGUCUUGCAUGUUAAGGCACCUGGAGUACUGGCAUGGGAUAGGGAUGUAGGAUUGCAGGUGAGCAGCACAGGCUGGCUGGUGGGAAAGGUUCUGCUGUUGCUGGAAGUGUUGCCUGAUCUCAGUCACAUCAGCACUUUGUCUUGUUUCUGUGCCAAAACAGGCUGUGUGUUUGCUGCACAGUGCACCAGGGGAACCAGACAGAAACAAACGCAGGAAAUCUCACUUUGCAUCUGCCCUGUUGUUGUCAGGACUUUUUCAUGGAGAUGCCCAGGCCAUGUUUCAGUUGCACAGUCCUCUGCUCACAGUCUGCUUCCCUGGUGUCCUCAGGCCACCGAGGUGCAGGGCAUCCAGCACAUUUAUUUUCCUCUUGGAGAGGUAUUUGGGAUGUUGUAGAGCGGGCAGGAUGAAGGACUAAGUAGCUCCUGAGCAUGUGAAGGCAAACAAGUCUUUCAUGCCUGUGCCCUGACCCACUCUGGCAGUGUCUGGGGGUGGCUCUGGGGCAGUGGCAGAGCUUUGUUAUCCAGCCUGUGCCUGCCCUGAAGUCCCACAAGUCCCUGGCUCAGGGCAGGCUCUGCUGUGCUGAGCAGGGCACAAACACUGAAAAACAACGCAGUGGUUGUACAGAUGGCUCCCCGUUGCUGCCAUGGGCCAGGGCCCGGACAACCUCCCUUUUUCCCUGGGAAAACCCCUCCAAGCUGCUGACACGUGCUGUGGCAGGCUCCAGAGGGCACAGUGUGAGGGCUGCUCUCCCUUGGCUCCAUCCCUUCCUCCCUGGCACAGUUGCUCCGCAUUAUCCCAGCAUUUCAUUCCGUGAGCGGAGGAGCAGCGGCUUGGCUGGUCGCAGGAAGCCUGAAGGAGCUCAGCUCGCUGGUUGCCUGGCUCUGCAGAGGGGGCUAUUUUUAGCUUUCCAUCUCCUCCCUGCCUGCACCAGCAUCCCAAAUGCACUGCAGCCAUUGGCCCAGCGGCCCGUGGUGCUGCCCAGCAUGUCCUAGUUACGGGCUGAACUUCACGUCAGCGUCAGAGGGGGAAAUCAGAAGCUUGUAAAUAUCUGUAAUAUAUUUAUUAAUAUUUAGGAAGUCUCCAUCAAUCAUGCAAUGGGAAUGGAAUUUCCCAUGAUGUUUUAAAAAGGAAACGAGUCUUAUUUAUAUGUGUGUUGGCUGUUAUCUUUUAUUAGAGUUAACGCUUUCAGCCCCCUAAUACAGUUUGCACAUCUUAGAGCGAAUUACUGCUGAAAAGAACGUGGCACUAGCACAGAGAACUCUGUUCCACGAAUUUUAAAAUUAUUUUCUUUGGGUUUUUUUAGCUUUAUUAGUAUGCCCAAGGUCUGUUAAAGUUUAUCAUAAGAGACCCAAGGAGCUAAAAAUGCCUCUGGCAGCAUCAGUCUUGUUUUGUAUGUGAACCUGGUUGUGGGGAAUGCAAAACCAGCUCUGCCUCACGGUGGUGAUGAAAGAUGUGAGCAGGCUUUUGCUGCAGCUCUCAGACCUGACUUUUCAAGUGUUCAUGGUGACAGUAGUGUUUUGAGGGGUUGUUGGGGUUUUUUUUUCCCUUUCUCCAUUACUUCCUUUAUACAGGGAGGGGUGUUACCUGGUAAAAAUAAAAUGUCUUUCCAUUAUAACCUUUGUCUGUGUUAAUUAUUCAUGGGGAAGCUGAUUUAAAGGUUCUGUCUCUCUCUUUUUCAUGCUUUUAUAGUUUUGUAAGAUCAGUCAGAUGUUUCUUUUGGUAAAGAAUUGUUAACAAAAAUGAUUGCAUAACAGCUGAACACUGGCUGGGCUGCAUGAAGGGAUGAAAACCUGUCGAAGUACCUUUAGAAUAGCAAUAAAAACUGCUUGUGUAACCUCA